UUCCGUUUCUCUUUUUUCCUCUUCUCCUUCUCCGUUUUUUCCUUCGUUUUCUUCCACGAUGCCGCAGAAGCGCCGGGGCUCCAACGCCCAUCUGGGCGAGGCCAACAACCAGCCUGAGAAGAAGAAAGUUUCUCCUGGAAAAACCGAACUCGGCGCCACUGACGUCCUCUGCGUGAACACGAUUCGCUGUCUCGGCGCGGACCUGCCUACCAUUGCCAACAGCGGGCAUCCUGGCGCCCCCAUGGGCAUGGCUGCGAUGGCGCAUGCGCUCUGGGGCUACGUGCUACGACACUCGGGAAAACAUCCGCAAUGGUUCAACCGCGACCGCUUCGUUCUCUCGAAUGGCCAUGCCUGUGCGCUUCUCUACUCGAUGCUGCACUUGACAGGCUACGACAUGUCCCUCGAGGAUCUGCGUCAGUUCCGCCAGCUGCACAGCAAGACUCCUGGGCACCCUGAGGCACACUACGCCGCGGGCAUUGAAACCACAACCGGUCCCCUGGGCCAGGGAAUCAGCAACGCAGUGGGCCUUGCACUCGCGAGUGAAUACAUGUCCGCGAAGUUCAACAAGGAUGGGUUCCCGCUCUUCGACAAUCAUGUCUUUGUCUUUUGCGGAGACGGCUGUCUCGAAGAAGGAGUGUCGAGCGAAGCUUGCUCUCUCGCGGGCCAUCUUGGCCUGCACCGCCUGACGGUGCUCUACGACGACAACAACAUCACCAUCGACGGCGAACUCCAUCUCGCGUUUUCGGAGAAAGUUCAGCAGCGCUUCAAAGCCUACGACUGGCAUGUGGACGUCGUGGAUGACGGGAACACCGACGUCGCCGGCUUGGUUCAGGCCAUGGAGAACGCGAAGAAACGCACCGACAAGCCGACGCUGAUUUGCGUCCGAACCACAAUCGGUUUCCUCUCAAGCAAGGCAGGAACUGCGAAAGUCCAUGGAUCACCCCUGUCUGAAGAAGAGCUGCGAGCCGUCAAGGAACAGUGCGGACUGAGCCCCGACGAGAAGCUGCAAAUCCCUGAAGAAGUCAAACAAUUCUACGCACAAGUGCAGGAGCGCGGUGAACGUUCCGUGGAGGCGUGGAACGCGCUGUUUGAGAGAUACAAGAAAGAGUACCCAUCUGAGGGUGAGGAGAUCGAGAGAAUGUUCAGUCACAAACUGCGGCCGGAAGUCUUGGAAACCUUGAAGACGCUGGGCGAGAAAGCCAAAGAGAAAGCCGACUCGACGCGCGCGCACUCGGGACGCAUGCUGUUGGGAAUUAAAGACUUCAUGCCCGAACUGAUCGGCGGCAGUGCGGAUUUGACCGGGUCGAAUUGCACAGACUUGAAAGAGCCUUCGUUCCAGGUGGCGAACCGAUCUGGACGCUACAUCCACUUUGGAGUCCGCGAACAUGCCAUGAUUGCCAUGGCGAACGGCCUGUAUCACUUCGGCUGCAUGCGCCCCUUCUGCGCGACGUUCCUGAACUUUGUGACUUACGGCUGGGGAGCAGUGCGUCUCGCGGCGCUGUCCAAGUGUGGAGUCUUGGUAGUCGCGACGCAUGACUCCAUCGAACUCGGCCAAGACGGCCCCACCCACCAGCCCAUCGAAGUCCUCGCGCUCUGCAGGGCGACUCCAAACCUCAUCGCCAUUCGACCUGCGGACGGCACCGAAGUCGCUGGCGCCUACGCGGUCUGGCUGCGAGACGAGUUGAAGCGCGUCACGGUUCUCUCUCUGUGUCGUAGUUCCGUUCCUGUCCUGCAAGGAAGUUCCUUCGACGGCGUCAUCAAGGGCGCGUACGUUCUCAGCGACUUCGAGAACAACGGAAAGAAGAAGGUCGUCAUCGCGGGCAGCGGGAGCGAAGUCCACUUCUGCGUAGAGGCGAAGAAACUCCUGACGAACAACUGGGAUGUGCGCCUCGUCUCGAUGCCUUGCUGGACGCUCUUCGAUGAACAACCUGCAGAGUACAGAAACCAAGUUCUGUGUCUCUCCGAACGCAGACAAGGCAAAGUCCUCACUGCCUACGUGGAAGCUGCGUCUCCCUUCGGAUGGGAGAAGUACUUUGACGUCCAUGUCGGUCUGCCGACGUUCGGAGGGAGCGCGCCGGCGAAGGCUCUCUACGAGUUUUUCGGCUUUUCUCCGGCGAACAUCGCCAAGCGAAUUGAGGAGUUCCAAGCCCCUUUCUAGUGGACAAGUACUCGCGCAGAGAACAGAGAGGCGCGCAGGGAGACGAAACGGUCGGAAGAAAAGACAAAACGCAUUCGAGGCUAAACGGACCGCCAGAGAGGAGCAGAGGACUGGAUCUCGCGUCCUCAAGCGAGCGUCGACGAGCGCUUUCCUCCGAAAAAAUGUUUUGUGCCGGAGUUCCGGGUGUAUGUCCCCCUGAAACGAAUUGCCUCGAUCCGUCGUGAUCCACAACUUGUGCUCGUUCCACGCAAAAGUCGUAACUGGCAUGCAUUUCUCCACGUCCGCAAGACGCUGCUUUUCCUCUCUCCGAGUCGUUUUGCUCUGGAGGCUUCGGGUGCUUUCUCUCGGACGGCCGUCGCCGUGUCUCUGCUUUUUCGAUCGCGCUGCCUCCUGCCGUCUGUCUCUCCACCACUCACUCGAGGCCAGACGUGAGGGAGAGAGCCGAGAGCGAGGAAUGAGACCAUGGGCGAGCGGAACAAGAGAAACGAAGACGGAGGGAACGGACGUACAUGAGGAAAGCGAACAAAUCAAUCGUAGAAGAGAGAAGCGGUCGCGGGAGAGAGAACUCAAAGGAUCAAAUGAACUAACAGUUGCUUACGGCUUCUCGGAAAUAGAGUGAAAGACACACUCGGCACUGCGAAGCUCGUCAAAACUGUGGAGAAGUUCGGAGUUCUCGCCAGUCGGCAAUGCAUGCAUCGAAAAACGUACCGGUUUUUUCGCCCCCACCCACACUCACGAAGGAGAAGGAAAUACCCAAUACCUGUGCCUUCACUUUCCCUGGAUCUACCAAAUCACCUACACCCACAAUCCCUAUAUAUAAAU